AUGACUUCUGCGAACAAGAAACUCCGAAUUGCGAGCCUGGGGAGCUCCUUCGCCGCAGGCCCUGGCAUCCCCCCGCAAAUCGAACCCCUUUCUGCGGCUCGCUCCGGCCAAAAUUACCCUCAUCUGCUGGCCAAGGAGCUAGAUGCAGAUCUCACCGACCUAUCAGUCUCUGGCGCAACCUUACUCAAUAUUACGGUUGAUCCACAAAGCACACCUUUCUCAAAUGAUACAUUCCCACCUCAAAUUCUGUCGGUGCCCGAGGAUGCAGACAUCAUCACCGUCACUGCCGGCGGAAAUGACAUCGGCUACAUCGGCAACAUGAUUCAGGACGCUGGGUCCGCAACCAUGCUAGGCUCGGCUGUCAUGGCGCUCGUGCAAGGUGUGAAGUCAAUUACAUCUAUCUUCUCCCAACCAACAGUACAAACGUCUACUCCUCUCUCGCCAGAGGAAUUGUCUGAGAGACUAGGUGACACCCUUGAUAAGAUACACGCAAGAGCCCCGAAAGCACGCAUUUAUCUGGUAGAAUACCUUGCUGUUCUGGGCCCCUCCACAAAGCCUCGCAUUGACAUCCCUUUCAAUCAAGAAAGGAUUGACUAUCAUUCUCAAGUGGCAUCUACAUUACAGAAUGCUUAUGCCGUGGCAGCAGCGACGAGAUCGGACUGGUGUGAAAGGAUUCCAAUCCACGAACUCAGUUUGAAACAUGCCCUUGGUAGCGAGGAGCCUUGGGUUGGUGGCUUUGAUGUGUCCUCCAUCAUCCGGAAAGGGCCUGUUCUUCACCCUAAUCUUGAUGGAAUGAAGGCGGUUGCUGGCAUUUUACUUGAAACGAUCCGGAAGGACACACCAGGACAGGCUGAAUAA